AUGAAGCCCUCGCCCGGGCGGAACACUGCUCGCUGGAAGCAUCCCUCUCCUGCCUGCAGCGGCGGUGCAGCCCCCGCGCCACCUCUCGGCUCCCGCACCUCCCCGGCCACCUUCUCUCCUCCCUCGAGCCACGCAGUCCCCAGAGGCACAUUCCUGGCGACUCCAGCUCCGUUACCCGGCCGACCCGGCUUGCGGCCGCCCGGGGGAGCAAGGGAGGGAAGGGAGCGGCCGAGGGAGGCGCGGCCGCCCGCUCCCGGUCCCUGCGCCUCGACACAAAGCGCCCGGCCCGCGCCACCUGUUUCCACCCGACCCACGAGGCCGGGGGCCCCUCCCGACUGUGAUCCCACUUCUCCCCGCAGUCAAGUUUACCCCGCCUCGGCCUUCCCGGUGGUCCAGGCGGCUGCCGGGGCAAACCCCGCCGCGCCGCGGCCGCGAAAGCAAAAGCAGGCGGCGGGGCCCGGGAGGAGCCGGAGAGCCGCGCGCGGCCACUCACCCGGGCGCCCGGGAGCUGCCCGGGUCCCUCCGGAGCGCUGUCCGAGGCCAACGCCUUCAGCUGCCAUGGUUACCCUGGGGCUGCCAUGUGGAGAGACCACAGAGAGAAGCCCAAGGAAGCCAGCUGUUCCAGCCCCACCUCCACCCCCCAGCUAUUCGUGUCUUCACAGCCCAAGUUCUUUGGUUUUUUCCACUUUGUACUACACCUUCUUCGUCUCAGUUCCACCACCUGCCAAAUGA